CGGACGCCCUCGUGCCACACUCACACACACACACACACACACACACUCAACGCACGCAUAUACACACACGCGCGGUUCGCAUCCGUCGUAAAUACGAACGGCAAAUGCUCGUCACCGAAAAUAAUCGGGCGCUAUCGCCGAAGUCUCGAAACGCGCGGCGUCCGACGAGUUUCUCGCUCGACGAAGAAGCGACCUCGCGGGGUCGCAUGGAAGGAUUCUCGUCGCUCCGGAGGCUACCGAUGAGAACCGAUCGAGAGUGCUGCUUGCGAUUACGAGGAUGAUCUUGCGAUCGGCUAUCGAGUGUGUGAAGGAAAAAAGAAAUUAUUCCGAAAGAUCGAGGAUGUGGUCGUAAUCGAAGAACGAAACGUUCCGUGUGGAAGGCCGUCUUCUGACGCUGUGGUACCGUCGCUGGUGCGCGCGCGCGUGUGUGUGUGUGUGUGUGCGAAUAGACGUAGUAAAAAGUAAGAGUAAAUUUGCAGUAUGUGAUAACUGACGAGUGAAUUUUUACAGUGACAAUUAAGAAUGAACGCGAUUGGACUGCGCGUCACUCGCUUCCUCCGCGUCUAAAUAAAGCGAGGCGGAGGAAAUCGGGCGGAUCAUAACAAAGAGUCGUGCGAAACGGUCGUCCCGAUUUGCGCAAAUCGAUACGACCCAAUUCGACUUCCGUUGCGGUAAAUGUUGUCAAUUUAACCGAGUGAAAUAUCUCUCUGGCGGACUCCGACGUGGCGAACCGCGAAGCACCGCGUUCGGUCGGACGAGGAAAUUGGGGAAGAAAAUCGAAGAGAGGUCACGGAGGGAAAUUGAUUCGCCGGUUCUCUCGCGUCGAGAAGGAGCGAAACCGCAUCGGAGGAACGCGCCGAUGCAUACGGGCGCAUUCCCCGUAAUAUUUAUGCGAUCGGAUGUUUAUGAGACGAAUGAACACUUCACUCUGUACGGUCAAUUUAUAGAACGUUGCAUUUGCGCUCAAAGGAACGACGCGCACAAAGGAACAAAUCCAACGGUCGCCGUUAUGGAACGGAGAUAUUCGGAGAGGAGUGCUCAAACGCGUGCGAGCGUGAUGCGCGGCGUAAAAAGAUAUGCGGGGAAAUUUGGCCGAGAGAAGGAAUUUCUCAUUUAAUACACCACCUUGGUACACGUCACCGACGAAAACGUGGCCCGUGUCUGCUCCACGUCUUGUAAACAAAGGCAACGAGGUCGCGAGAUAAACGGGAAAUAUCCUUGCUGCUGAAAUCCCGCUCACGGUUGUCUGACCGGUCCCCCUCGAGGGACAAAGUAAAAGCGGAAGAAACGGCAAUAUCACACAAAACCCCGGGAACUCUCUGCAGAAUUCAAGGCCUAAGACUGCCGAGAUUCACACACCGUUAAGUGAAUCAGUAAACGAGGACGAUAACUACCCGACGAGAGCUGGUGUCGAGAUCAGUAUCGAAAUUCCGCUCGCGGUUAUUCGACCACACCCCUCGGGGGAAGAAAGGCGGAAGGAAGGAAAAUAUCCGAAUCCCGGGGAUUCCUUGCGGAAUCCACCGUGAAAAGGAUGUUGAAUCGCCACGACUGCCCUCUGUUAAACAUCACCGGCUGCAUCCCGCGGAGUAUCUAGAUCGCAGCCCCUGAGACCCAAUGGCGGAAGAAAACGCACAGCAGACGGAGGAGUGCGGCUCGUUCGACAUCGAGAGGAAGCUCGACAGGCCGAGCGCCGGUCGUCCGCGAGAUCAGCGCGCGCCGAAGGUCAAGGACAAGCUCGAGGAGAGUCGACUUCCGACCCCGCCGCCGGACCCGCAAUGCCCGCGGUUCGCUCGGGAUCGCGGGGCGACGGGGUCCCUGCAGGCGACCGGCAGGCCGGACGAAGAGGAGGAAGAGGAGGACCUGGUGGCUUACCUCAGCGAGCUGGGCGCGUCGCCGGUCGAGGGUCACUCGUUCGACUACGACACGCCGAACUCGGCGACCUCGGCGAUGGGCGUAGCGGCCGGUCCCGAGGAGGCCUUCGAGCACUUGGACCGGCUGUGCGCGCUGACCGAGCAGAUCCUGGAGCUGCGCGACCGCAGCUCCAAGUACUUCCGGCGCGUGCGGGGCCUGGAGCGCGUGAAGGCGCUCAGGAACGCCGACCGCCGGCUGGAGGCGGCCCUGGCGAACGACGAGGAGCUGCUCGCCGAGUUUCCCGACGAGGACACCGGCUUCGCCGAGUCCCUGUUGGACGCUAUGCUGUCCAACUGCCGCGAGCCGCCGGGCCAGAGGAGGAACGAGCGCUCGAGCGUGCGCUCGCCGUCGUCGAGGCAACGAAGCCGAUCGCUCGCCGAGCAGACCGGCACGUCCAGCCCGGUCGAUCGCGCCGACGCGGACAAGAGGACCGCGAGAAACGCCGUUCGCAACGGCGGCCCGAAGGUCAGCAAGUGGACGAGGGUGAAGGCGGCCUUCAAGUGGGAGCGAGCCUGCACCAACGAUCUCGCGGAGAUCGCGGAAUCGAGCACCGCGACGCCGUCCACGCCCACGACGAGGUAUCUGAGGAUCCCCGACGUCACCGCUGGCAGCUGGAGCGGCUCCGCGUUGUCGCCCUGCACCAGCGAACUCUCCAGCCCGUCCACGCCGGUCGGCAGAGUUUCGCCCACUUCGUCGUCCAAUGACGACGUGUUCGACGAACCGCGGAAAAAUGUCGGAAACUAUCCGGAUCGUCAGUCGCCACAAGCGAAAGACGAUAAGAAAAAAGACGAUCCGGAUCGACACGGUCGUUUGCUCGAUCGCGACACCUCCAUCGCGGAGAACGCUGAUUCCAUAGAACUUCCCAAUGAGACGAGCCGCGGCGGUAAACCGCUGAUUCGCAUUAUAUCCGAUGCGGACUCGACGGCGCAUAUCGGAAAGGAUCCGGAAGCGCCGCCGCUGCCGAAGAGACCGACGCCGACCCUGACGAUCACGAUACCGUCGAACGAGGAGGAGAUCAGAAGCUUAUCCUCGCCUGAGUCGAUGUCUCCUCUGCCCUCAAGCGCGCAGGAUUCCGGCGGAAGUUCGCCUCAACGUCCCAAAGCGCGUCCGGAUAUCCUGAGCUCGCGGGAAUUUAAGCGGCAGUACUCGAUAAUCGAAGAAGCGAUAACGCCAGCACCCAAGAUACAGAGGCAGGAUUCAAAAUGGAACAAGGUCAGGCGUGCUUUUCUGACAAACGCUACCUUCAGCGUGCCCCCCAGCCCGGUCAGGGUGGUCGCCGCACAAUCGUUCGCAAACGAAGAUACGCGCCGAGCUCGCAGCUGUAGCGAAAGCGUCGAGGAUCUCGGUAAAACCGUUGCAGGUACCAACCAGUGCCGUGCGGAAGCGCUCAGGGACUAUCAGGCGCUGCGGGAGAAAUUCGGCGGCGAGUUCUACCGGAAGCUGUUGGAAUGGGAGCGGCUGAAGGGCAAUCCGCCGCGCGUCCUCGGCGCGCGGAACGUCCGCGACGGCCUGCCGUUGAACGAGGAGCGGCUGGCGCCCGAAUUCAGGAAGAAGCUGCAGGACUGGAAGCGGGCGAAGAAGGGUCGACGAUCUGGCGCGAGCAUCGAGCAACAGCGCGUCAGCCGUCGACGGCUGACCGAUUGGCAGCUCUGGCGCUCCUCGUCGAAACCCGAGCCCAAGUGUUACGGCAAUCAGAACUCGGUCAGUUCUCGCGGAAGCUGCGCGAGCAUCGGCAGUGCGGGGAGCUUCGCCAGCGACGGGAAGCAGCACCUCUGCGAGGACUUCGUCAAGAGAAUGGAGGCGUGGAGGAGGAUGAGCGAGGCCGCGUGUAGGAACAGCGAGAGGCCGAAGCCAUCGACGAGUCGUGUCGCGUCCGACAUCAUCGACGAGACGGAGUUCCUCGCUCUGGAAAAAUUGCUGUUGCUUUUUGGCCAAAGGGCCAGGAAGGAACGUCGGGAGAGCGACGCGAAGCAACUGAACGAUUGCUUCGACGGCGACUCGAGGUUGUCGGCAGCAUCUCGGGGCGUAAGCUGCGGCAAUGAAGUGCUGAUUCGCACCUCCGUCGGCUCUUAUCGCUUCGAGGGCAUAUCUCGGGAAUUCACGAGGAAGUUGUACGAUUGGGAGAAAUACCGCGGAAUAUCACCGAGAUCCUCCACGUUUCGUCUGUUGGGCCCAGGUUAUACACCGUUCGCUCAAGAUUCGGACGAAGCUACGUUGACGGACUCAUCAAGUACGGCAGGUAAAAAUCGUGCACUUCACUGGGGGAGUCUGAAGAGGUCCAAGUCAGAUGGCAGCGUCUUCGAAGGAAGUCUUCGCGACGAGUCGUACACACUUCGUCGCUCCACGAGCCUGCACUCUCUGAUCUCCACGAACAAGCUCGAAGAUGACAAUCGAAUGGACGCCCUGCCGACUUCUAACAAUCCGCAGGGUAUCAAGGAUCACUCGGAGGACACCGCGGUGGAGGACUCCGAGCCGGAGGCGAUGAUCGUAGACAUCGAGGAUGUAAUCGAGGAGACCGCCAGUCCCCUGGAAAGGGUGCAGCCUCAUCAGACGCCAGUUUACUCCGUCGCGGCCAGCGAAACCACCAGUAUCGCGGUUCCCCUCGGCACGGUCACCUCCAGUCACGAGCCCUCGCCCGUGUUCCUGGUGGAAGCCGAGGGCGACGACGACGACUGCGAACGAUGGAACGGCAGAAGGACGUGGAUCGGCCGAGAAGCUCGCUCGAGCGAGAACAGUCCGAGUUCGGAACACUUCCCGGCGUCCGAGGAGUGGCGCGCAAGAACGACGUCCUUGGACGAGGACAAGCCGAGCUGGGAACCGUGGCGUAAAGAACACGAGAGGGAGAACGAGGCUGCGGGAUGGACCGAGAAGACGGGCGUCCCGGGCGACGACUCCGUGAAAUUCGAACGGCCGAUCGGAUGGAAUCGAGACGCUUGGGACGAGUCGGGCGAAAUUUUUCAAAGAUACGCCAACGAAGCGAAUAGAGACUCGGUGGUGCUCGAGUUGCCCCUCACGCCGAUCCACGAGAGCAACACCGGCGGAAAUGAUACCAAGCAGCAGGACUCGUUCGAAAAUGACUACGCUGGAUCUGCACCGUUUGCUGAGGACCUCCAGGCCACAUCGGCGACCUGGAACGCGGAGAAAUUAAUGGACACGCCGCGCACGUGUGAGAGGAUGAACGGGACGAGGAAGACCGGAGAUCCAGCAGACGAGCCAAAUGACGAACGGGAGAGCGACACGAAGGAUCACCGAGACGCCGAAGACGUGAAAUCCGAGAAAACGAUGCCCAAUGCCGCUGCUCACACUUAUCAGUUAGCAACAAUGCUAUCGCGGUCGGAUUGCCGCAGUUCCAGGGAGACUUCCUCGAAUGUAUCCAAUUUAAAUUUCGACAAUAACAAAAGUUCAGCGGAAUGUCACGACGCUGAUACCGAGACCUCAGCGAGCGUUUACGAGAACUACAGUUCCUCCGAGCUGCAAACCGACGUCGACCGACAUUACGAGAUUCUCGCGUUCACGACGGACACGCGCAACGACACGAGCGAUGGCUGUUUCUUGUACGAACCAAUUAGCUGUCACGAAAAUCGCAAUAACCCUCCUCGCGACAAUGGAGCUAGCCGUGCGAGAGGAAACCUUUCAUUGUCAAGGUUACCGGAGGUCGAGAGAUCGAACCUCUCGGAAAGCCCGACGAGCCUCUUAACCGACUCGACGGUUCGCACUAUCCCGAUAACCGUCUCCAGAGACAACGAGGCGCGCUGUCUCGAGAGAAUCUUGAUCAACGAGGAGACGUUGAACAAGAUCAUCGUGCCCACGGCGAGCGCAGAGAGCGGCACGAAAGUCGCGGAGAGACCUCGGGAUCGUCCGGAGGAAAAUACGGCGGUCGUCGAUCAACGGGGCGACAGGGAGCACGCGAGGAUGACGACCGACGACCACCAUGUGACGUGCGUGAAGAAAGACGGCCCCAGGAACGUCUUCGUGAAGACGAAGCGCAUGAUCUUCGGGCCGUUCCGCCGCUCGGAGGAUCGACCGUCCUCGAGGAAGGAGAGCGACGGCUCCGCGGACGAGCGACUUCUCCGUUCCAAGUCCAAGAGCAAAUCGAGGUCGGCCUCGCCGAAACUGUGCCGGCAGGACGCUCUGCUGCGCGUCACGUUGUCCUUGCCGUGGCCGCUGCGCUCUACCUCGAAGGAGAGCGAGACUACCUCCGAGUCCAGGAGAAGCUCGGGAGGCAAGACGACGGAGGACGCGCUAACGGUACAGAGGAGGGACUCUCGUUGCGGCGAGUUCAUUAGCGACGACCGGCCGGAUGAUAAAAAGCUCGACGAUCAAGCGGCUAACGAAGAGACGCCGCCGUCCGCUGAGAUAAAUCAAGCGAAGGCUCAUCGCUCAGUCGCGAUGUCCGCCUCGGUAAACACGAGGUGUUCCUCUGCGGGAACGAACUCUUCGGAUCGGCCGAGAGUCACCAGGAGAGUCUGGCAGGAUCAAAGCGCGUGUCGAAUGCAGGACGAGCGUGGUCGGUCGCAGGGCGAAGGAGAACAGGAGGAGGUAAAGCGUAACCGGAACGAAGAGAGGCGCGAUAACGGGAGGUGCGGGAGGGACGACGACGGGGGAGCGGAAGAGGCGAAGCCGCAGGACGAGAACCACGCGGUGAAGAACGACGCGGUGCCGUCGGACCUGAUGCACAAACUCAGAAUUCUCUCGGACGCCGCGGCGAGGAGAGAAGGCCGACUGAGUGUCGCGGAGAGCAGUUUCAGCAGCUCGGAGUCGCGCUCCUCGAGGAUACGACGCGCCAAGGAGAGCUUCCUGUCGCGCCGGGGCGGCCCCUUCUGCCGCUCGAUGAUGGAGGAAGCUCACGGCCGCGAGAACGAUCCCUGGAGGCGGUCGUCGACGAGUCAGGCGUCGACUGGUGACGAAGCCUCGAGGCCGAGUGAGAUGUCAUCCUCGAAGUCUGAGGAGGAGGAAGACGCGGGAGGUCCAGUGGGAGCAGCGGCGACGACUCCGCAGGACGAAGCCGCCGGUUCGAGCGAGGACCAAGCGAAGGACCUCGACGUCGGUGUGCGAGCGGACCUGGUGAAGUCCGCCAGCGCCGGUAUGAUCAACGUAGACCCCGACACGUUCGGCCGGCUGGUAGCGGCCGAUCGCGGCUGCGAGUCCCUGCCGAGGACGAUCGCGAAACGCCGCGACUCGUCCGGCCCGCUAGCGAAGAUCGUCAGCAAGCUGAAGCUCUCGCGUCUGAUCCGCGCGAGGAACGUCGACGGCGGCAACAUGAGCACGAUCUCGACGUUGUGCAGGCAGAGCCUGAUGAUCAACGUGCAAGGCAGCUCCGAGGAUCGACGUGGUGGCGAGCUUAAGAACGAUCCGGCCGAAGCUGCGGACGGUGAAGACGACCGUCCGGCCGAGUCCUCCGAAACGAUCCGCGAAUAAAUCCUUCGUACGAUGCGUUCUCAUGUGGAGGAAAAGCACCGAGACCCAGUUUGUUCCUGGCCUCUGAAACCUGGUUGCAGGUAUUCAAUGAAAAUUCAUACGCGUGGAUACAAGCUUCUCUCCGCCAGCAACACUUUUCCACCAAAGUGUGUGAUAAUCUUAUGAAAAUUAGUACAUAUUCUCUUGCGAAUGUCCAACAGGGUUGAGUAUUUGUAACGAGAAACAUGCCUAUGUCAGUUUUGAUGCUUUUCCUCUCAUCUCAGGUGUCUGUGAGUUUAUAUUCGUUUCUUGAAAUUCAUCUCAGCCCUGUGGCUACGUGGCCACUUAACUUUUCCCGACGCAUAAUUAUGAAAUUAAUUUAUUAUUAUGAACAGGUAUAUAUUCAUAAUAUAACUUAAUAAUGUAUCGACAAUAUGCAAAUUAACGUGUCAGUAAAUGAAUUCCAUAAUUAUGUAUUAAUACAUCGAAUAUAAUUACGUUGUCUCAAUUGUA